ACCAGCUAUCAAGAGAAAAAGAAAAGUUGUGAAAAAGUUGCUAAAAACAGCGAAAAAUCGUUCAUUGGAUGCAUUACUACGGACUUUAGCGUUAAGAUAGCUUUGGUAAUCAUUAUUUUGUGAAGAUUUUGUGGACCUGAGUGGAAGGUAAAUGGAAAAUCCUCCUUCAACUGAGACAGUUCUUCAGGGGGUUCACGCGUUAUACAAUAAUCCUGAUUUAAAGGAGAAAGACAAAGCUUCAGCAUGGCUCGCAGAACUACAGAAAUCGAUCCACUCGUGGAAAAUAGCCGAUCAGUUGUUGCAGGAAAAACGAGACCUGCAUUCGUGCUACUUUGCGGCACAAACGAUGCGAAACAAGAUCCAAAACUCGUUUCAUGAGUUGCCCCCCACGGCGCACGAGUCACUGCGCGACUCACUGUUGGAGCACAUCAGCCACAUCACACCUGAAACAAAUCAAAUCAUCGUAACGCAACUAUGUCUCGCGUUGGCGGACCUAAUUUUGCUGAUGUCUGCGUGGCGACAUCCCAUCGCCAGUCUCAUCGAGCGCUUUGCCACAAACACGAACUCUGUGACGGCUCUCAUUGUGAUACUUACACUCAUCCCGGAGGAAAUUGAGUCGCGAAACCUGCGAUUGGGCGCCAAUCGACGUGACGAGAUGUCCAACGAGCUGGCAAUGAAUUCGCGACGCGUCGCCGAGUUCUUGCAAACGUGUCUCAUCAAUCGGCAGCAAGACGAGACAAUUCACGCGAAAAUUAUCAAGUGCUUUACAUCGUGGACGUCCAUGAAUGUAUUCAAAUUGGAGGAUAUCAUCGACAACAUGGUGCUGUCGUACGCAUUUAAUUUGCUCCGGAAUCCGAGCACGGGCACAAAUAUGCACGAAAUUGCCGCAGAUUGUCUGUGUGCCCUGCUGACGUGUCUCGAGAUGACAAACAACAGUGCCGAGUGCGAGCACAAAGUUUUCACGGGAAUCGCGGAGCUGCAAGAGGCGUAUCUCAUGUGUGUGGCGCACGAGGAUGUCGACAAAGCCGUGAAUUUGUGUCGUGUCUUCACCGUGCUCGCUGAAUCGUUUCAGCACCAGAUGAUUGCGAGCAGUUGCGGCGCCACGGCACACUAUUCCAUCAAGUCACUCGAUCUCGUACUCAAUUGUGUGGGACAUUACGAUUAUGAGGUGGCCGAAAUCACGUUUCGCAUGUGGUUUCAACUGAGCGAAGAUCUCUUUAAUCGCAAUAAUUGUACGCUCUCGGCGCACUUUAAGCCAUACAUUGAACGUCUCAUCACCGCACUCUAUAAACAUUGUCAGAUGGAAGCCGAUCACGAGGGAUUACUGGAAGACGACGACUCCUUCAAGGAUUUCCGACACAAGGUAUCGGAACUCAUUGCCGACGUCAUUUUCAUCGUUAGCUCCAGCAGUUGCUUCAAGCAGAUGUUCAUGAUUCUACAGCAGCCAAAUGUUACGUGGGAGUCCAGUGAGGCCGCCCUAUUUGUUAUGCAAAAUGUUGCAAGAAAUAUUCUACCCGACGAAAACGAGGUAGUGCCCAAAGUAGUAGAAGCAAUUUUAAACUUACCCGAGACAUGCCAUAUAGCGAUUAGGUAUACUUCGAUAAAUAUUCUAGGAGAACUCUGCGACUGGAUUGAUUGUCAUCCGGAAUCGAUGCAGCCAAUCUUGAAUUUUCUGUUGUACGCGUUGCAGCAAAAGGGUGGCUUAGCAACGGCCGCUGCCAAUGCCCUUCAGUCCAUCUGUUGCGCCUCUAGCAAUCAUUUGGUGCCUCAGAUCACGGGACUGAUGGAAAUCGCGCGUCACAUGGAAAGUUUCGAGAUUCAACGCGACGCCAGCAUCAAUUUACUGAAAGGUAUCGUCGGCGUUGUCGGAUUUUUGCAAAAGGAACAAGUUUCGACGGUUCUUUUGGACUUGUGUAGUUAUCAGGUGACACCACUGGAUCAUCUGUUGUCCUCGAACGAGGCAAAAGUCGGUCGAAAUGACGGCAGUGACCCUAAAUACUGGCUCGAUCGGUUGGCAGCUGUUUUCCGGUAUGCCCAUGCGAAUUUGCAGGAAAACGAAACAAACCCCUGGGCUACGGCACUCACAAUUUACUGGCCAACCCUCUCGAAAGCCAUGGACAAGUAUCAAGCGGAAAACAAUGUCAUGGAACGGAUUGUGCGUUGCAUGCGUUACGCUAUCCGAACAACGGGACGUCAGGCGGCACCCAUUUUGGAGGAACUUGUCAAGCAAAUGAUUCACGUGUACAACCAUCAUCAGCACAGUUGCUUGUUGUAUCUCGGCAGCGUCUUGAUGGAUGAAUUUGCGCUCGAUGAUGUUUAUGUGCCGGGACUCUUGAGCAUGUUGCAGGCCUUCAUUGAGCCAACAUUCAAUUUGUUGCAACGCGAAAACGGAUUGAAGAACAAUCCCGAUACCGUCGACGACUUUUUCCGACUUGCCAAUCGAUUUGUGCUCCGCAGACCCUUGGAUUUCCUCAAAAGUCCGCUUGUGCAGCCAAUUAUUCAGUGUGCACUGCUUGCAUGCACACUAGAUCACAAAGAUGCGAAUCUCUCCGUCAUGAAGUUCUUUUGCAGUCUCUUGAGUUCGGGCCGCGACCUCGCGAAUCCUGACUCUGCUGCCAUCCAAGAACUCAUCAAACAAAUGGUCGCCGUGAACGGAGAAGCUCUAGUCGUGAAUUUAAUUUAUUCGUCAAUCUUUUGUCUGCACUCGUACAUGCUGAGUGACGUCGUGGACGUCUUUUACGAACUGAAGAAAAUCGAUCCAAAGGGAUUUGUGGAUUUCCUUCAGUCAGCCGUGAGUGCGUUGCCAAAAGAAAACAGCGGAGGCACCGUUACCGCCACCGACGAUCAGCUGCGAAAUUUUAUGAGGAGGACAACGAAUGCCGAUUCAUCACGUCAUAUGACACAAGCGUUACAGGACUUUGCAAAAUUGUAUCGUUAAACCCACAAAUUUUGACAACACGAAUCGACAAAUUUUACUACAUACUCUAAAAGCAGGAGUAUGUUUAAAAAGCAAAAAAAAAGUUUUAAUUAAAGAAAAAAUAUGAAAUUAACAAAAAAUAAACAAAAAUAGGAAAAAAAUACAAUUCUUAAAAACAAUUAUAAAUAAGGAAAAGUAGCACAGAUUAUUUUAUAAAACCUUGUAAAUGUUGUUUAGAUUUUUAUAAUUAUUAUCUAUUUAUUUGCCUUUUUUGUAAACUACUUUACUUUAAACGUAACUUAAAUUAUAUAUGAGACAAAGUGAUAUCCUUCUUCUUACUUUUUUUUUUAUUAUGUAACGUAAUAAGAUAUCAAACUUAUACUCUUGUAAUCUAAUUAAGAAAUGAAAAAUCUUGUUGAAAAUAACUCAAUCUAGGCAAAUUAACAAACAUAUUACUAGACUUUUCCUGUAAAUACCUUAAAAAGAAUGGAAUAUUGUAAUUGUAUUCAUCAUCAUUU